AGCCUUCCCGCCGUCGCGCGCGGGCAGUCAGCGGGGCCGCCGUGCCUGCCGCCGGGGCAGCAGCCGGGACCAGCGCGGGCCGGUCGAUGCGAGGAGCGCGAGGGGCGGGGGAGGCUGCCGGGGCGAGGCGGAGCGGAGCGCGCCGGGUCUGGGGUGGCAGCGAUGCUGGAGAAUGGCUCCCUGAGGAACUGCUGUGACCUGGGAGGGCGAGGCAGCUUCGGCUUGGCGGAGCGGGCCGAGGAGCAGGAGGAGACGGCGGCGGCCGCCGGCCCGCGGCCCGCCUGGGUGGUCACGGCGCUCUCCGGCGUGCUGAUCUUCACCACCGUGGUGGAUAUCUUGGGCAACCUGCUGGUCAUCGUCUCCGUCUUCAAGAACCGCAAGCUGAGGAACUCAGGUAAUGCAUUUGUGGUUAGCCUCGCUUUGGCUGAUCUGGUGGUGGCCUUAUACCCAUACCCUUUGGUGCUCUUAGCCAUUUUCCACAAUGGAUGGACUUUGGGUGAAAUGCACUGUAAAGUGAGUGGCUUUGUGAUGGGACUAAGUGUAAUAGGCUCUAUUUUCAACAUCACUGCAAUUGCAAUAAACCGAUAUUGCUAUAUAUGUCAUAGCUUUGCCUAUGACAAAGUGUAUAGCUGUUGGAACACAAUGCUGUAUGUCUCCUUAAUCUGGGUAUUAACGGUUAUUGCAACUGUGCCAAAUUUUUUUGUUGGCUCUUUGAAGUAUGAUCCACGCAUUUAUUCAUGCACAUUUGUUCAGACUGCUAGCUCCUACUAUACCAUAGCUGUCGUGGUUAUUCACUUCAUUGUCCCUAUCACCAUUGUGAGCUUCUGCUACCUUCGAAUUUGGAUCUUAGUGAUUCAAGUUAGAAGACGAGUCAAGUCAGAAACAAAGCCAAGACUGAAGCCAAGCGACUUCAGAAACUUUCUUACCAUGUUUGUGGUUUUUGUAAUUUUUGCCUUUUGUUGGGCACCUUUGAACUUCAUUGGACUGGCUGUAGCCAUUGAUCCUUCAGAAAUGGCACCAAAAGUUCCUGAAUGGUUAUUCAUUGUAAGCUACUUCAUGGCCUAUUUCAACAGCUGCCUUAAUGCAAUAAUAUAUGGACUUCUUAAUCAGAAUUUUCGGAAAGAAUACAAACGAAUUUUAAUGUCACUGUGGAUGCCAAGGCUUUUCUUCCAAGACACGUCCAAAGGAGGAACUGAAGGUCAGAAGAGCAAGCCUUCUCCUGCUUUAAACAACAAUGACCAAAUGAAAACUGAUACUUUGUAAAUGUGUAAUAGUGAAUGUAAGGGACUGUAAAGGAAAACUCCAAUAAUAUGUUUGUAAUAUCCUCGUCGUUCUUGUUUAGCUUUUGGAGGUUUCCAUUUGGAUGGCACUUUGUAACUAGGAUACUGUCUUCUUGAUAUAGCACAUUGCUCACAUUAAUUCACUGUCUACACAAGAUAUCAAUUGAAAAUACAUUUCAGAAUUAAAGCAGCAGGUGAGUGCAAGCAGUUUUAGUUCUGAGAGCUCAGUUCUGCCCUCCAACAUGUGAAUGAGGCACAUUUUGACUUCAAUGGGAGUUUUGCAUGCAUUAUCCAAAGUCAGAAUUUAGUCCUUAGAAAAUGCAACGAGUGCACUCACCUAUGGGCAUACCAGCUGGUUAAAGCCUGGAAAGUGAUUUUUUCCCCCCUCUUAUAUCUGAACAAAGAGGGUGAAGCAGAUUACUCAGCUUUCCAUACCUGAGUCAAACAUGGCACUUUUGUGCAUGUACUGGUGGCCAUAGUAGUAUCUUGGAAACAAACUUGUGAAUUGGAGAGAAGAAUGUUGUUGUAACAACAAAUAAUAACACAGCAUUCCCCAUCUCUGUGUACUUACUCUGUUCAUGUUCUAUGGUCAAUUUUAUUGUAGAAGAUACAAUACAAAGGCUUGAUUUCUUACACAUUUAUUUUGAGCAAUAUUACUCCCUUAGAGAAGGCAUAUGUUCAGCAUUCUUACAAUACCAGGCUGUGUUACCUGUGCAGUAAAAUGCAGAAGGCACAUAACUAUACCAAACAUCUGAAAUAAUGUAAUAUUACAAAUCUCCUGUCUUUAUCUUUUUCUGAACAAAUUCUCUGAGUUGUAAACUCCAGAAUGUACAUGAAGGAACGAGUGCUGAAUAGGACUGAUACAAAUGAAGUAGCAGAAUUAAAAAUGAUACUUUUUAAUAGUACUCUCAGAGAUCUGUCUCGGUACCCUUGACAGCUGAGAUGAAUCUGGCUUCAGGGGAAGCCUUUUUAAGAAGAGGCUGUAACUAGUUCAGUAUUUCCUGAAUAUGGAAAAGGGUAUCCUGGUCUGUGAACUUCUGUGUCUAUGGCUAUUAGGGCGAGAUUCACUUCAUCCGGUUCUGCCAUCCAGGGGUGAAUUCAGUUUACAGUGAAGACACUUACAUUUAGUUGUCUAUGUGUAGGUGUUUAUCUGUGAGGUCUAGUCAAUACUGUCAGUGGAACCUAGAAGAAGAUUCAGCUCAACAGCCAUUGGGUUUCUACCUCCCAGUGAACUGACUACCUGCCUAGGCUCCAUUGCCCGUAUUGAAUAAACCUUCAUUGGGCUCCAUUUACCUAAACAUAUACCUCCAAUGUCAUUUGAUGCACUUUCACAUACCUGACACAUUUGCAACAGGCUGGCAAUUAUGGCAUAUGACCUGUGCUCUUCUGGAGUAGCAAAAGGAGGCUGGUCAGGAUACCCUCAAUCAUCUGAGAUAGCACUAGACACUUGUGUGCGGCCAAAUGAAAGAAGCCUCAUCGACUAUAACGGCAGCUGAGAUACUUGGCUAAUAUGCAAACAUCUUAUCUUGAACAAAAUCCACCGUAGGUGUCUGGUUUAAGCUAACCUGCAAGGGUCUCCCUAUAGUCCACAUAAAUAUGGUUCUUCCCAUCUAUGGUAGACAGGCAUCCAAGGAUGGCAUGAAUUGCUCUGUGGAGAUUCUGGUUUAUUGACUUUAGAAGGAGUUUUGAUUACUAGUUUAGAUUAAAAUCCUCACUACUGAUAGCUGGAGUGAGAUGUAUCUUGCCUAAUUUGGCUAUCUCCAGAGUAAGUGUUUGCAUAUGAUCUAAUUUCUAAAUUCCAACUGUAUUACAUGGAGUUCUAGGAAACAAUUCAUAUUAUCUUGAAAUAGACAGAUUUGUUGGUCGAAGGAACAGACCUUACUGACUGUAUCCUCAUUGACUAUAAUGCAGAUUAGACAGUUCAUGUGUAGAUACUUACACUUCAGACAAAGAUAGGUGAUCUGAAUCCUAUCCUUGGUGUAACUGCAGUUCAAAUCUGCAGAGUUCAUAAAAUAAAAGGAUGAUUUUCUAUUAUGUUUACAAAUUCAGAUGAGGUAACUCAAAUUCAGACUGAGUUUCUUUUUUUAUUCAGAUAUCAUCACAUUGUAACUGUGACCAGAUUAUAAUCUGGGCUGUACCUCUCAGCAUUGUAGUCAUUUGCACAGUGUGGUUUGCAUUAUUUUUAUACCAGAUUAGGGAUCAGGAGCAGAUGGAAUCACAGGGUGAAUAAAGUUAUUUCCUUGAUAGUCCUGAAAUGCACAUCAUUCUUAGUAGUACUGAUCAGGGAGAGGAGAGAGGCCAAUUAGCUUUUAUCUGGUAAAUCCACUUCUGGCACUGAAAUAGAAAAAAAGAGGAAUUCAGGUUGCUAUUUACAUGCCAGUGUGGGUUUUCUGACCUAACUAUUAUGAAAAAUAUCUCUGUAUAAUAGUGUUAAUUUGUGCAUCGAACAUACUGCUCUUGGAGCCAUUUAGACAUAUUAAACAUGGUCCCUAUUUUGCUAUACUUAUAGACAAACAUCAAAGAACCACAGUAUUAAAUUUUUAUUUGCUUUCUAAAAUAUCUUUCUAAAGUAAAAGAAGUAAAGCAAAAGAACAAAUGUGAUGAUUCUUCUAGCUACUUCAAUGUUGUUCAGGUAAUUUCUAAUAAUCUCUGAAGUACAGUGCCCUAGGCCUCAUACAGUAGUAGUCUGAUGAAAGCUUAAAACUCUGUGAAUAAGGAGUUAAAGGGGAUGUAAACAUUUUCUCUAGAUGGUAGAUACAGGGAUAUACUUAUCUACUAAAAUAAAGAGCUAAACAACCAGGACCUAUAAAUAUUCCUCACAUAACUCGAUAAACUUUAAUAGGACAAACUGGUCUGGUAGUAGAGAUAAAAAUAUCGUAACUAAAAGUAGCAAUCAUUAAUGUGUUGAUUCUUCCUUGAAAAUAAUUCUGUAAAUCUGGCACUUUAUGUUUUGCAUUUUCUUUCCUCAUGACUUCCAUACCAAGGUAUUGAACAUAGAACUAAUGUACUUGCAUGUCUACAUGGGAAACUGUCCUCUUAGUAAAUAAGGAGUUUCAAGAAUCAGAGAAUCAAGGAGAGGACUUCAGGUUUGCUCCACUGACAGUAUUGUUUUUAAUGACUCCUACCCCUGACUACUCAAAACUCUGGCUUGAAAGACAAAAUUUGUUGUCCAACUUACAGAUCAACUAGCAUUAGAAGUAAAUUGUUUGAAAUUUGUUUAUCACUUGAUAACAUGAUCAGAACAGAGACCAGAAUUUUGAUUAAAUUCACAUCAUUGUUUAACUCCACAAGAAAAAUCAAAACAUUGUAACCACUUCAUUAGCCAUAAAAGUGAGCAGCUGUUGUUCUGCAUAUGCAUGGUAAGCAGUUUUGAUAUUUUUAUGAAGUCAUUUUACAAAUCAUCACUGCACAUUAAAAAUGAAAGGUCACUUUUAAAAAUCCUUUUACUGUUAUUUCCUCAACUACGCAAUCCUAAAUGAAGCUCACGUGAAUAAUUCACUGUUCAGAGAAAGAAGCGUUCCAGAAUUUGAUCCGACAUCACAAAUGUUUAAAAGACAUGGCAACAAUGCUUAAUUCUUAGGCAUGGAUUCUACCACCACUACCACUACAUGCACUGAAUAAGACUUUGCUCUGCAUGGUGUCUGUGCAAAAACAAUGGAGCUAUUCAGUGUGCCAGAUACUGUUUCUUAUUGAGUCCUUAAAUAUGGAUAAUAACUUGUGCUUGGUAAAGUAAGUAUUUAUACCAUGUGUUACUGCACAGCACUACGUUUUGAUUUAAACUGUAAAUCAAUUAACUACAUGAAAUUUAAAUUAAUUUAGACAACUAAAUACAGCUCUUCCAUGGUAAAACUUCUUCAUCAAGCAAUACUUCAUUUUUCCACAUAAUAAUGCACCCAUCUACCUAUGUAAAAAGCCCUAAAUUAAUUUUGUCCCUCACUUUAUUAAAUUCAAAUCUUUUCCUCUUCAAUCUAAAUUUGACAAAGAAAUUGUAAAUGCAAUUUACAGUUUAACUAACCAUCAACAUAGGUGAUAUGUUUAUAACAUGAUUUGAGAGUAUACUCAGGAAGAACAUAACAGUUCUGUACAGGUUUAUGUAUCUUUGAGGAAAUUAUUAUUUUAUUUGUAAAGACCCCAAAGCAUGUAUACCAACAUAUCAGGUAUUGACACCUUAAGAAAAGGGAGGAAGAAAGUCAGAGAGAUCUUAUGUUCUGCACAGGUAAUUAGUAAAAACAAAACUAGUGCGUCAGGGACAAAGUCAGUUUCCAGCAAAUUUGAUGUGUUCUCAACCAUUUAAUUUUAUCUUGAUUGAAAAGCAUUGUGUUUUCUCAUUUAAAAAAAAAACUAGAGUGGUUCUUACAAUAGAAAUCUGACCAGAAGAAAACUUACCCUUAGACAGAUGAGUGAAGACAACUAGUAAAUCCUGCUUCAGUAAAGAGGGAAGUGGAGGAUGUAGUGAAGUCUAAAUGAGACUAAAGUGAUGCAUUAGCCCUGUGAUCUCCCCCUGUACAAGUGAAAAUUUCACUCUCAAGAAAGAAUUAAAACUAAUAUUAAGGAUUAAAUACUAUUACUGUUGACUUCAGUGAGUUCAAAAUUUCACACCAAAAGUACUGACUAAAUACCAUGACGAUUUCUUGCCCAUCCUCAGGGGCAGAAAUACACUUCUGUAUCUCCACUUCUUCCUUUCAGAAAACUCUUAGAUUAAAAAUGAUUACUUUUACUUCCCAAUUGUAUUUUUAAAGAACUGCAUGAGGCUUGGAAUUAUACAGUGAAUAAAUAUCUAUGGAAGAUUGUAUAUACUUCUUAACCUUGUAUAUAACACAAUUUUGUUCAGCUGAUUAUUUUCUGGAAUUUAAAUUCUAUUACAGAUUUAAUGGGAAAUAUGGAAGGCAAAAUUUCUUUUCAGUCAUCUAUUGAUAUAUUGCUGCUUAACUGGAUCUUACACAUCUGGUCUAUAAUAAUAAAUCAAUAUUUUGCCUCCAGUCAUAAUGAGCAUUCAUAGAGACUGCUACAGAUGUGAGUUGUAAAAUAUAUAACUGAUUCACGUUCCUCCUCUUGUUAGUAAUACCUCCAGCUGUAGUAAGAAAAAAUAGCUAAAGUAUUUUUUAAAACCUUUUUGUAAAUAUUUUGUGGCAGAAAUUUACUCAGUGUAACCUCUGGGGUAAGAACAAUGUUGAAUUCAUUGUAAAAAAUAGAGAAUCUGAAGGUAACAGCUGGAUUUGGCGGUUGAAGCCACAAAGAAGGUGAUCAGCUAUAACUCCCUCUGGAUCUAGUCACUGAGAUGAGACUGUCACAGCUACUAACUGCAGAGACUAUUGUGUUCAGCUCUAAGAGCUUUAGUCCUUGGUGACAGCUGGGAUGGUCCUAUGGAAUAUUUUUGAUGUCCACUCACAGAACAAGUUAAUCUCACAAUCUUGUGCAGGCAAAACUGCAAAUGGCUUGAUGGCUGCAGAAUGAACUCUUGAAAUUGCUGCAUAAAGAAUCAUUCCUUGGGAGAAGAAAGAAGAUCUGCACACAGUAAUGACAUUUUUAAAAUAACUUUUUAUGUCUGAAAUACAUACCAACUAAUUCAACUCUUCUUACUAGAGACGUGAUGCAAUCAGAACUAAAUGCAUGCCAACUAAAAUUAUAGGCAGUGACAAGUGAGGUCCACUAAUGCCAGCUGUGUUUUUUAAUUACAAACGAAUGAACAGUGGGAUUUUGCCUUUAGAAAAGAAAAAAAGCCUAUGAAAACAAGCCCUUUGACCAUUGUUUUAAAUUGCUUCACACUAAAACCUUGUGGUGAGUCAUGUGUUUGCAUGUGUUUAGUGUAAAUGUAACCAUUUUAUCCUGGAAAAAAUUACAAAAGACUGCAAAAUUCCACAGGAAAAGGUAAUAUAAUCCUGCUUCAAAGCAAGAGACACCCUCCUGAAGAAAUCUGCACUCCGCAAUUCCUAAGCUUGCCCAGAUGCAGGGUACAGCUUCAGAAGUCCCCACCAGAAACUGAAGACACUUGUAGAAUAACACGAGAACAGAAUGUGGAAGACUGCCUAUGGAUGCACAACGGUUUCCAGUCAUGGAGAACUUCAUUAGCUUUUAUUUUCUCCACAACACAGAGCUUGCCUGAUUGCUGCAAGAACAAAAGAAAUGCACAAAUAGGCCAGGCCCAGGAAGCAUUUUGGCAAGCCAAGUUGUUGCUGCAGCUGUUGCUGUUCAGGAUGUUUUAUGGGAAGAUAAGAGGACAGAGAUUGCUAAUAGGAAUGUGGUUCCUUCAGCAGACAUUAUCACUGUCCCCUCUCUCUCCCAUCUUCUGCUGACAGUAAAUCUUUAGGGCUCUAUUUGUAGCUCUUCAUUGCAUUUGUAGCCCUUGUUCACACUGCUCCCUUUCCCCUAUCAGGAUCAGUUUGACCCAGCUUCAUUUCCCCAGUCCUGGGGAGGAUGACUUGCUUACAUGGCUGAGGAGUCUUAAACUGCUCUGCACUUGACAAAACCAACUUUCCAGGAAAGACAACCUCCCUCACAGCCUCUUGCUUUCACUGUAACUAUUUUUUUCUAUGUUUCUGGACAAUUAUUACC